CAAAGUCCAGGAAGACUUUUUCAGGCACUGGAAUUCAAAGGUAACACUUCUUGACGCAACACCGUCCGAACAGCGAGUGUGGUCCACGCUUCAAGCAGAGCUGAGCUGACGAGAUGGCUGACAACAGGGAUAAAACUACCGACCAAAUGAAGAUAUGGAAGGAGAACAGAAGCUCUCAGAGGCCAGACACACUGACCACAGGGGCCGGCCAUCCUGUUGGAGACAAGCUGAACCUGCAGACUGCAGGACUGAGGGGUCCUCUGCUGGUCCAAGAUGUGGUCUUCACAGACGAGAUGGCCCACUUUGACCGGGAACGAAUCCCAGAGAGAGUGGUACAUGCCAAAGGGGCAGGGGCGUUGGCGUGCUUUGAGGUGGACCACGACAUCACUCGCUACUGCAAGGCAAGGUGUUGACCAGUCGGCAAAACGACACCUAUCGCUGUCCGCUUCUCCACUGUGGCUGGCGAAUCAGGAUCAGCAGACACAGUGCGAGACCCCCGAGGCUUCGCAGUCAAGUUUUACACUGAGGAGGGCAACUGGGACCUGACAGGAAACAACACCCCAAUUUUCUUCAUCAGGGACGCCCUGCUGUUCCCGUCCUUCAUCCACUCCCAGAAGCGCAAUCCUCAAACCCACAUGAAAGACCCCGACAUGGUGUGGGACUUCUGGAGCCUGAGGCCUGAGUGUCUGCAUCAGGUGUCUUUCUUGUUCAGCGAUCGAGGUUUGCCUGAUGGCCACCGCCACAUGAACGGCUACGGCUCCCACACCUUUAAACUGGUCAAUGCUGAUGGUGAGCGUUUCUACUGCAAGUUCCACUACAAGACUGAUCAGGGAAUAAAGAAUCUGACAGUAGAGGAGGCAGACCGCCUGGCUGCCACCAACCCAGAUUAUGCCAUUGGAGAUUUGUUCAACGCCAUUGCUAAUGGCAACUUCCCAUCCUGGACCUUCUACAUCCAGGUCAUGACCUUUGAGCAGGCUGAGAAGUUCCAGUUCAACCCCUUCGAUCUUACCAAGGUUUGGUCACAUAAAGAAUACCCUUUGAUCCCUGUGGGCAAAAUGGUGCUCAACAGGAAUCCAGUCAACUACUUUGCAGAGGUGGAGCAGCUGGCAUUUGACCCCAGCAACAUGCCACCGGGCAUCGAGCCGAGCCCCGACAAGAUGUUGCAGGGUCGCCUGUUCUCCUACCCAGACACACAUCGACACCGGCUGGGAGCCAACUAUCUGCAGAUCCCAGUCAACUGCCCCUUCAGAGCCCGUGUGGCCAACUACCAGCGUGAUGGUCCAAUGUGCAUGUUUGACAACCAAGGUGGAGCUCCAAACUACUUUCCCAACAGCUUCAGUGCCCCAGAGACCCAGCCUCAGUUUGUGGAGUCCAAGUUCAAGGUGUCUCCAGAUGUGGCCCGUUACAACAGUGCAGAUGAAGAUAAUUUCACACAGGUCUGUACUUUCUACACCCAAGUGCUGAAUGAAGAGGAGCGCCAGAGACUUUGUGAGAAUAUGGCAGGGGCCCUGAAGGGAGCCCAGUUCUUCAUCCAAAAACGCAUGGUCGAGAACUUGAAGGCUGUCCAUCCAGACUAUGGAAACAGGGUUCAGACCCUUCUCAACAAGUACAAUGCAGAGGCCCAGAAGAGCGCCAAUGUGCACGUUUACAGCCGUCCAGGAGUCUCUGCCUUUGCUGCGUCCUCCAAGAUGUGAUGCUUCAAAUCUCCACUAGGGGCAGCCCCCUCAUUUCUCUAGGAGCAAAUGCACUUAUUGAUUACUGCUACUACCACUAACAAGACUGGACUUAACUCUCGAAUUACAGUCAGACACAAGACUGAAAUACUAAUAUUGUGGUUUCCAGGUUAAUUCAUGCAAUUCAAAUAGUUGAUUUUCUUCAAAAUUCUCAAAGCUGGCAAUAUCGAGGAAGCUGUUGAUCUCUGAUAAAACCCUGGGAGGUAAAUCUGUCUUGACUCAACAGCCAUUUCGAAAGAAAUCAGCCGGAUUAGUUUUUUAGGAAUUAAAAAUAGACCACCAUGUUGUCUAAUUUUGACAGCCGACUGUUUGGUUGUACCAAAAACAUGCCACAUUUGAGUGUUUGACUUUUACCAUGUAAAGCCUUGAAAGUAAUUUAAAAUUAUUGUAUUUACGUUUUGAUCUGUUAGGAUUAAAUCAGUUAAGUGCUGUUACCUACUAUGAUGAGUGACGAUUGUUUCCAAUAAUUCCUCAGGUUGUGUGUACUACUAUAUUGUGAUGAUCCAACUCUUUUUAGUUUAAAUAAAACAAAUCCAGCUAUCCAAAACUACUUUAGUCAACUUUCAAAUCACACUUAUGUAAUGUCUGACAUAUACUGCAUUAAUCUUCAGGCUGGGUUCCAGUUGGUAAAAUAUCUGUUUGUUGCAUGAGCGGCUUGUAGCUUUGCUAAUACCAGUGUUUUUGUUCUCACUAUGGGCAAUGAUCCGUUUUGGCUAGUUUUCCUCAAGCGUGACUGAACCACAGAUCAUUUGAAUAAUUAUGGAAAAUAGUAUAUUUCAUAUUAAAUGAGUAGAAAAGGCUUGCUACUAGUUGUUUCCUUGUGGGCGCAAGUUUCAAGGAGAGAAAUUCUUUUCACUAAAACUAAAACUCCAUUGUGCCUUUUUAUAUGUGCUUAAUCUACCAAAUACUGAUUACUUAAACCUUAAACUGGACGCAAGCAAUUAUGAUUAAUCAAACAAAUUACUGCAAUUUAUUCAUUCAUAGAAAAACACUGUACAGUAGUGCCAGAGUUUAAAUAUCAUGUUGGUCACAGACCCCAAACAUCCUUAACAAAAAAUUAUUAGUCCAAUACAAAUUGUCCAUGUAACCUGCUAUUGACGACUUUUUGUAACAUUUCAAAUGUUCUUUAUUUGAAUGCAACUGAUUUUUUUUUUUAUUAAUGUACAAGUUGUGAAGCUCUUUCAGAUGAGAUGUGUAUUUAGUGCUUGUUAAUUUGUAAUUAAAGCUUAACAGCAGCUUUUA